CGGUUCUCACCUGCAUGGAUAACAAUAUACAUGCUGGUUGCGUUUUGUGGUUCACUCAAUCCAAAUGUCCCAACCAACUCGUGCACACGCAGAAGAAACCCCUGUUCUUAUACGCCUCUCCUCUGUGCCAGUUCCCCUCCUGGUUCUUGCUCGCACUCGCACUGCCACCUGUGCUCAGCAGCUGAUCCAACUCCAGCAAUGGUGCAAGAAACGGGCGCCGUUGAGCUGCGCAUCAGGCAGCAAGGGGAGCCGUCGCUGGUGCUGCCUGCAGAGGAGACGCACAAGGGCCUCUACUUCCUCUCCAACCUGGACCAGAACAUUGCCGUCAUCGUGCAGACUGUGUACUGCUUCAGGGCGGACGACGGCAGCAGCGCCUGCGAUGUCCUGAGGGAGUCCCUGGCGAAGGUGCUCGUCCCCUACUACCCGCUCGCUGGACGGCUGACGAUCAGCGGCGAGGGGAAGCUGGUUGUGGACUGCACCGGGGAAGGGGCCGUGUUCGUGGAGGCCGAGGCGGACUGCGCCAUGGCGGACAUCGGCGACGUCACCGAGCCUGACCCCACGGUGCUCGGCAAACUCGUGUACAGCGCCCCCGGCGCCAAGAAUAUACUCGAGAUGCCCCUCCUGGCUGCUCAGGUGACCAAGUUCAAGUGCGGCGGCUUCGUUCUUGGCCUGGCCAUCAACCACUGCAUGUUCGACGGCGUCGGCGCCAUGCAGUUCAUCAACUCGUGGGGCGAGACCGCGCGCGGCCUCCCGCUCUCUGUCCCGCCGGCGCUCGACCGCGCCGUCCUCCGCGCGCGCGACCCGCCCCAGGUCGCCUUUCCACACCACGAGUUCGCGCAGAUCGCCGACGAUGAUGACGAGGACUCCCCGCCGCUCCUGCACCGGUCGUUCCGGUUCACGCCGGCGUCCAUCGCGCGCGUCAAGGCGCUCGUCGCGCUGGAAGGGGCGCGCGCGUGCACGACGUUCGAGGCGCUGGCCGGGUUCGUAUGGAGCGCGCGCACGAGGGCGCUGGGGAUGGGGCCCUCGCGGCAGAGCAAGCUCUUGUUCGCCGUGGACGGGAGGCCGAGGUUCUCGCCGCCGCUGCCCGCGGGGUACUUUGGCAACGCCAUCGUGCUCACCAGCGCGACGUGCGCGGCGGGGGAGCUGGUGGCGUCGCUGCCGCGGGCCGUGCGGCUCGUGCGCGGCGCUGUGGAGGCCGUGACGGACGCGUACAUGCGGUCGGCGGUGGACUACUUCGAGGCGACGCGGGCGCGGCCGUCGCUGGCGUCGACGCUGCUGAUCACGGCCUGGUCGCGGCUGCCGUUCCGCGCGGCCGACUUUGGGUGGGGCCCGCCCGAGGCGUACGGCCCAGCGGCGCUCCCCGAGAAAGAAGUGGCACUGUUCCUGUCGUGCGGGGAGGAGGGAGGCGGCGUCCGCGUGCUGCUGGGGCUGCCAGCCGCAGCCAUGGCCGAGUUCGAGCGGCUCGUGGAGGCGGUGAUGGUGUCCUGAACGACUACGUCCGCAUGCAUGGUAAUGGCAUCAAACGAGAGGACAUGCGCAAGCUCGCUCUGCAAGGAAACUAAAUUUGUGUGAUCGAGUAUCUAUCUAUACAUUUUCCUCUCUUGAUCUAUCUCUGUAGCACGAACAAGUUUUAUAUGUUACCUGCAAAGUAUGAUGCC